AUGGCCGCACCUAUGCAACAGAUGCCUGGCCAGCUCAUGCCACAGCAGCAGAACCGCUUUGGCGUGGGCGGGGGGCAGGGGAUGGAUUUCGGUCAAUAUGCCUUCCAGUUCAUACAGAACACCCCGUAUGUCGGCCCUGGCUGGCAGACAAGCGUGGCCAUUACGGAGCGUGUAGGCAAGGCCCAAGACCUUAUCACAAAUGCUGUCCUUGCGACGCCUAAUCAACCGUGGCAAAGACUCGCCCACCUCUGCGUUCAGUUUGAGUCGAACGCUUUGAGGGAAUCGCCAGACAAGGCCACGUAUGAACACAAAAUGCGGCAAAAGAGCGCAGAAAUGCACGCCAGGCGCCAGGGUCAAGUACCUCAGCUCCAAGAGUCGAUGAACGCACAGGCAGCGCAGCGACAGCAACAGAUGAUCAUGAUGAAUCAACAACGACAACAGCAGGCUGCUCUCAUGCAGGCACAGAUGGCUGGAAGGGGCGGCGGACCUAACCAGGCAGGAUUUCAACACCUGCAGAACCCUAUGCAGGUAUCUCAGCUACCCCAACAGGCUCCUCAGAUGGGCCUCAAUCUGAGCAACGGCAUGACGCCACAGAUGAAUCCAGGGCAACAAGGUUUCUCCAUGCCUCAAGGACCCCAGCGUGGUCCUGAGCAACAGCAACUGUCCGAUGCGGACAAGCAGAAGAUACAGGCGCUGGCCCAAACCCUGAUGCAGCAGGCAAGCGAUGCCCAGAAACAACAGAUGAUGCAGAGCGUUGCGAGCCGCCUCCCACCUCAAAGACUUGCACAGAUGCGCGCGGAAGGCCAGAACCCGCUGGCAAUGCUAUUUCAACAAGAGGCAACCAAAAGGUUCAUGAUGGCCCGGCGGCAUCAGAUGCAAAAGCAAGGAAUGCCUCCUAACACGCCUGGCAUGCAAAUGCAACCUGGUCAACAGCGCGCGAUGAACCCAAAUAUGAUGAACAGUAUGGGCCAGUCCGGUGGACAACUUGGCCAAUUCGGCAACAUGGAGAGUAUCAUGAACGAGCAGAAGCAAGGCCUCCUAGCUGAGCAAGCGGGGCAGCUUGUUGUACCAGCAAGCUCCGGUCCAGGCCGUAACGCUACGCCUCAGCCUCUGUCGAACAUGCAGCCCCAGAACAUGUUCUCUCAGGGCCCAAAUCAGACCCCGCGGCCCCAGAUGCCGAACGGUUUUGAUCUGCAGCAGCAGCAGCAGCAACAGCUCAAGCAACAGCUGGCUGCUUCGCAAGCUCACGCACAAGCACAAAUCAGGGCACAGGCUGCGGCGAAGGGUUUGCAGGGUCAGCCAGGGGGCCUGAGCGGUCCGAUGCCCGCAUCACAAAGCCCUGCGAUGGACAACCUGAACGCUCCCGUCAGGCAGCCACCCGUCGCUAUGGGCCAAAUGGGAAGUAAUCAAGGCCAGCCGGGUAAUCCACAAUUCAACCAAGGGCUCGAUCCUCGAUUCAAUCAGCAAGGAGGCCCGGGGCCUAUGGCUGGAAACCCGAACAUGCCGCAAGACCCUGCUAUCAGGGCCAUGCUCGCUCAAUUGGAUCCAGAACAGCGGCAGAAGUUCAGACAGCUGCCACCUGACAAGCUCGCCGAGCUGUUUUCUAAAUGGAAGCGCUCGGGCAUGUUGCGUCCAGGGCAAGCACAGCCAGGAUUGCCCAUGAACCCAGCGAAUGCAGCGAACCCUAUGGGCAAUCCUAUGCAUCAGCCGCCGCAGGGGGGCAUGGGCCCUCAGAUGCAGCAGCCUAACUUCCCGAAUCAAAUGAAUCGAAUGCGGGGUGGUAACCCGUUACAGCACCCUCAAGCACAGAUGAUCAUGGACAACAUGGACCUGCCUCCCAAUGUGACCCAGAAUAUCCCUGGCAUACCGCCAGAUGCCAAGAAAUGGGGCCAGUUUAAGGCGUGGGUCUCACAAACGAACGCACCCAUACCUGAUCAACAGAAGGCGAUUUUGAGGCAACUUCAGGUAAAUCAAUUCAGACGCAUGGUGGCCUCUCAUGGACAAGGUGGGAUGCCACAGCAACCUGGGGCUCCCGCUCCAAAUGCAAUGGCAAAUCUACCACCCAAUACCCCAAUCCCCGAAGUCACUCCUCAGGAGAUACAGCAGUUCCGAAUGUCACAGCAAAAUUUCAGGGAAGCCCCAGAGGAGCAGAUCAGAGCAUUCAUACAACGACUCAAGAUACAAAGGAUGCAACGAGCUGCUGCGAUGGGUCUGGGCGGUCAACCGCCAUCUGGGCAACCCGCAACGACAGCGGGCACGCAGCCAGGAGUCCCUCCAACCGCUUCGGGACCUCAACAAGGUAUGCAGCCAGGACAGACCAUCCCGGCGCCUGUCUCCGCCCCAGAGCCCAGCCAAACUCCAGUUGCACCAGGGCCGAAGGCCAACCGGCCACCUCAACCGAACAUGGCCGCGCCGCCGAACCCGUCACCGGCUGCACCAACGAAGAAUCUCAAGCGCCCGGGCGACGAUCUAGAAGCGACCACACAGCCAAAUGCCAACAACCAGAGGCCGGCUUCUCAGCCUACUCAACUUCCUCCUGGUGGCCCAAUUCCAAACCUGACUCCGGAGCAGUUAGCGAAGAUGACUCCGGAGCAAAGACAAAAGUACGAGCUCAUGCGGCAGCAGCAAAUGCAGGAGAUGCUGCACUUCAAAUCUAUCCUCCAGGAAGAAACGAAGGCCUACGAAGCUCAGAGAUUUCCCGAUGUUCCUAUGACUGCAGAGACUCGGGCCCAGAUGACAGCUUUUAUUCAGAAGAUUUCCCAAGAAUUCACCAAGCUUUCGAGGGUGAUAAACCAUUGGUUCCGGCUCUCUAGAGAUGAGGCUAGACUCAGGGCUUUUGUCAGAACACGUCUGCGAGUGCUAAGUCAAUUCCAAAACAACAACACAGAGCAGCCACUCAAGGAAAACCUCACGAUGACACGACAAGAGAUGUUGCAGUCGAAGCACCUGCUUGACAGCAUGAUGAAGGACUUGGCGUCCACUCAAAAAGGUGCCCGGCCACCUCAGCAAGGAGGACCUGCUACUACCCAGCAGCCUCCACAGCCUCAGCAAUCUCAACAGCCCCAACAGCCCCAACGACCUGAGCAACCAGCACCAGCGCCGGCACCAACUCCGCUUAACGAGGCGAACCUCGCCAAGCAGACCCAGGCACUGAACAAGGCUCACCAGAGGUCGAACAGCAAGAGCGGCCAGCCACCGGCGGCUCCAACCUCUGCUCAGCCGCCAUUCCCAUUCGGCGCAACGUCUCCAGAUGGCGCGCCUCGUUGGGUCGCCCCGACGCCCUUGACUCAGGAAAAGCUGCAGCUUCCGAACGCAGGUGCGCGGAAGAGAGUGAAGACGGCGGCGAAUGCGCAGGCAUCCUCGCCUGCGGUUUCGAGCCAGAACGCAUCGCCGCAGACAAAGGUUACAUCUCCGGAGCUGAAGAGAAAAGAGCCCAAGCCGGCACCCAAGCCGGCGUUCAUGUGCACGGAGCCCGGGUGCGAGUUGGCUGACACGGGUUUCCCAACCGAGGAAGCACGCAAGCAGCAUCACCAGGAAGUACACGUGCUGCCGUACGAGGACCCGCAGCAGUUUAUGCAGCAGUCAUUCGCUACGGCCUUUGGACUGGACGAGAACGGUCAGACCAAGUCGCAACAGCAACCUGGGCCUGAAGAAGCGACCCCAAUGUCACGCGAGGCUUCUAUCAAGCAACAAGGUGGUGCUCUCGGGGCCUCGUCAGUGCAAGGCCCCAGACCUGGUGAGAACAAGGCGGCGACGGCGGCCGCGACUGGGCCGAAGCCUGGAGACAAGAGCACGCCUGACCAGGUGGCCCCUGGUUUCCAACAGUCCCAGCUGGUCGUCGACCCUCUUGCGAACACGACGAUUGACCCCCAGAGCUUGAUGGCACCGAUGAUGCACUUAUUCGACCCUGCGGCCGGCGGUGUUAUCUCGGACAUGACUCUGUACCAGUCUACGACACCGCCCGAGGACACGCCGGAGUCGAGUGCGAGCAAGGAUAGUGGGGUAUCCGAGCCCAACAGCGACAUCCCGGAGACGGCGAACCUAGAAAUCGAUAUGAACUGGCAGAACUUUGACGACUCGACGCUGGUGAACGGGAUGGCGGCGUUUGGUAUGGACAUGGAGCUGAACAGCUUCGAGGGGAUGGCGUCGUUUCCGAGCGAUGACAUGCUGAUUACAGAGGACAUGCUUGUGGAUUUGGACAAGCCAUUUACCGGGUUAGACUCGUCGCUCUACGAGCUGAAUAGCUUCUGA